AUGUCUUUUCCAAUAACCCAAAUAUCUAUAGUUAAUUUAGAUCAGGAUAAUCCUUACCAUGAUUUACGUAAUGAUGAUCUUUUAAGUCAACAAACCCAAAUAAAUACUAAUGCUAACCAUCCGCGAGCACCUACUUUUGCAUCUACUUUUUUAACUGAAGAUCAACAUCAAACUACUUCCAACUUUAAUUCUUUUCCUCCCUGGCAACCUUCCUGUUCUUUACUUUCACUCCAUAAUCGCUUUCAAACAGAAAUUUUAUAUAUGUUUCUGUGUGUUCCUUGUUCACAUUGUUCGGUUCUUAUGUUUCCUGUCCAAGCAAGAUGGGUCUCAUGCGAUGUCAGUAUGGAAUACGACCUUUGUCGAGCUUUCCCCCAUUUAUCGCUUACUGAACAUCCUAAUAAAGAAAAUUAUAUCGCUGUGUGUUCUUCUUGUAUAUCUAUUGCUAAGCAUCACAUCGAUCCAACGCUUGCUCAGAUUCCAGACGCUCUAGCUAAUGUUCCAAUAUUUCAUCGCCGGUGGCUUUCGCCUAUUAAUUUAAGUUGCUCUCUCGGGCGUGCUGAAAUUGCUAAUUGUUUUACACACUAUUGCCACCUUACUGGUGCAUUUGGUCUCUCAAAAAAUAUUUGUGCCUUACAAAUUUACUCCGGAAUGUUAGGUGCAAUAUUAGAUUCAGCACCUAGUGAAAAUUGGUUUCAUCCGUCUUUGCUACAUGCAGCAAACUGGUUGAAAACCAAUAAUAGAUUCUUUAAAGAAUUUGAUCGAAUGUUUUCAUCCGUUGUUUUUACACGUCUCCGAAUGUUUUCCCAACUGCCCAGGUGA